AUGAUUGACUCUCUUACUUUCUGGGUAACUUUAGUUCUCAUCCUUAUUCCGAUCAUCUAUUUAAUCUUCUCAAGACUAAAGAAACCCGAAACUCUUUCCGAAGACCUCACAUCAACUUUUGCAUCCUUACAAAAAUCUCGUCGAGAAAUUCUGCAUGAUCUUGAAUGGGCCAAAAAAUCUCAAAACUCUUCAAAAAUCUCUGAAUUACAAUCUCAGCUGAAAUCGAUCGACAUGGAUAUUUCAAAUCUAUUCCUUUCAGCAUCACUUAAGAAAGCUAAUUAA